GGCGUAGAAUGCGUCAGAAACAUCAAGAUUAAUCAAGAUGGCGAUUCUUCUCGUUCGAUAAUACGUCACCAGUGAGUGAUAAAUAUCGCGAAAAAAUGUGGACUUAGCGCUUUGAAAAGAUAAAGAAAUAGCUAUUUCGCGCAAGGUAUUCGUUGUGUUUAUUGUGCAACGGUAAAGAUAUUCUAUUAUCUUGUAGCUCUCAUAUUCUAACCUGUACGCGUCGUCAUCGCCAGCUGAAAGUACCGUAAGAUUUUCAGACUGACAGUGACAAGUAUGGCAUUAUUAUGCGAAUGUAGGGAAGCCUUGUAAGGAUCGUCAUGUGAAUGAGGCUGAUAUCAACGAGCGGAAACUGAUAUUGAUUUAGCUUGCACGGAGAAAACAUGGAAUCGAACGAAGACAGUCGACUUCCCAACGGCGAUGUUCGGGUGCACAGGGACGUCGACUGGGCUAGAUACGGUUUGCGUGAUCCGGAGGCCCAAGAAACUGCGAAAAGGGAUAACAGAGAUGAUAAUGUUCUCGACCCGGAAAUGUAUCAGGCCGGUGUGAACGAAUUGUUCGCGCAGGAAUAUAGUUCAGAUCCCUGGUGGAAGUCAAACUUCUUCAUUUCCCAGCCUGUGUUGUUUGGAACCUGGGAUGGAGUUUUCACAUCUUGCCUUAUUAACAUAUUCGGUGUAAUUGUAUUUCUGAGGUCUGGCUGGAUAGUUGGUCAAGCAGGUGUUUUGAACGCAGUAUUGAUCAUCUUUUGUACAGUGUGUAUUGCAUUGGUGACUGUACUGUCAGCUGUUGGCAUAUGCGAACGGUGUAGAGUUGAGAGCGGCGGAGUGUACUUCCUGUUAUCACACGUACUAGGUUCCAGAUUCGGUGGCUCCAUUGGAUUACUUUACUGUUUCGGGCAGGCGGUGGGUUGUGCUCUGAACGUUUUAGGUUUUGGAGAAUCAAUGGCUGGUCUUGUAGGUUUGGAUUCGGCAUGGGCACAACGCGGCUUCGCCUGCGCAGCCGUUGUACUAUUAUCCGUAAUUAACGUAGCAGGUGUUAAGUGGGUUGUUAAAUUGCAAUUUAUCCUCCUUUUAAUCCUGCUCCUUGCUGGAGUUGACUUCAUGGUUGGAAGUUUUACUCAUACUAAUAUUGAUUCUGGCUUUGAAGGCUGGCUCUCAGGAAAUUUGAAAAACAACACCUUGCCCGAUUAUCAAGAUGGGUACAGCUGGUUCACUGUCUUUGGUGUGUUUUUUCCAACAGUAACCGGUGUUUUAGCUGGAAUUAACAUGAGUGGAGAUUUGAGACAUCCGUCUAGCGACAUUCCUAAUGGUACUUUAGCGGCAUUAGGAACUGGAACAUUUUUGUAUCUAUGCUUUUCAUUGACUCUUGCGGCAACUUGCGUCAGAAAUGCUUUGCUUACCAACUUUACAAUAGCGUCAACGGUAUCGGCGAUCUCGGUAUUGCUACUCGCUGGUCUCUACGUAUCGUCGUUUAGCAGCUGUUUGGGUGCCAUGUACGGCACACCUCGUGUUCUCCAAUCUAUCGCUAGUCAAAAUGUUAUUCCAGGAAUGAGCUGCUUGCAAAGAGGGAGGGGACCAAAUAAAGUACCUAUAUAUGCCAUGCUGGUUGUUGCUGUAGUAACAUUGACUUUUAUCAUUACCGGACAAAUUAAUACACUCGCACCAAUCGUGACGAUGCCAUUCCUGUUGACAUACGCCUGUUUAGAUUAUGCAUAUUUUGCUCUUGCGCAGACGUUUGAUCUUCGGCAUACGCGUGAACAACGGUUUCGUACACAAUCUCCAACAUUUGAUCGCAAUUAUGGUUCCGCAAGUAGAAACAACUCCAUAACUGACACGGACAAUGAUUUAGACAGUCUGUUCCCCGAAAGAAUAAGGCAUAAAAAUCUUAUGAGAAACAACAGUAUUUCUGACAACAAUGUGUAUGUGGAUUCGUCGCCGAGCAUCGAGGACAAUGCCAGUGUUUCCAGUACAUCAGAGCGAAAAGUUCAUAUACAUAAUAAGUUAGGAAAUUGGUACAGUCCUUUAUGCAAUAGAUGGUUUUCGCUGUUAGGCUGUCUUGUAAAAUUGCUUAUAAUGUUUCUCGUACACUGGGGAUAUGCAAUCGCAAAUAUCGUCGUUGUAUUUCUCGUCUGGAGUUAUGUUGGCCACGCUAAUCCUGCUGUAAAACCUGGAAUUUCAGCAGAAUUCCAAUUUUUCAAAUGGUUUCGGAUUGCAUUACUUCGAAUUAUGGGGAGAAAAGUUUAUGAUUACGAGCAGAUAGUAGUAACUCCGGUGCAUCCAGGUGUUGAAACGUGUUCGGCUCAACUGAAUGAAGAGAACGAAGAUUUUUCAAGUAGAAGAAGGUAUCAUCAAACCGCUACAGUUACAGGUCAAUACGUUAAUGUCGACUAAACAUAAGAAAUUGUCUUUUUGAAAUUAAAAAUCGCGCGAAUUUAUGUAUGUACUAUUCCAGUAAAACGAAUAAGUGCGUCUUUUAGAAUGUUUUCAAGGCGGGAACAGAUUACGAAUACAUAUAUAUAUACUAACGACUAAUAUUUAAUAUGAUACAUCAAGACCUGAUAAGAA